AUGGUCGACGUGGUCCUGGCGACCACCGCCCUGGGCGCCAGCGCGCUCGGCCCCGCCGUCCUCGUGCCCUUGGCCGCCGCGGGGGGCUACUGGCUGUCAGGACUCGGACGGGCUGCGGGCAGCCCUGCCCCUGCCGUGGGGGCACAGCCCGCCUUCACGUGCGCCUGCCCCCGGGAGGGCUGGCCGCUGUGGGGGCUCGUGCUCGUUUUCGUGGUCGGGGGCAGCUGCGUACUCUGCUGCCUGGGCUGCUCCACAGCUGCCGCGGGCCUGGCCUGGUGGCGGCGUGACCACGCCGCCGCUCGGAGGAGGCUCGAGGAUCAGGUGCAGGCACCGAACAGGGGCAGCAUCCUCGAGACCGAGCUCGCUGCGAGCCAGCAGGAGGAGGACCAUGCCCUCGGGCCCUUCGUCAGGGCCAGAGUUCGAGGCGCAGGGCUGGCCAACCCCGCCAGUGCGCUGGCCACCGUGUCGUUCGAGAUCCUCCUUGUGGACGUCGAGGAGGGCGUGCUGACGGAGCUGGUGCCGGAGGCCGUGUACUACGAGGACGGGCAGCACGCUCAGCGGGUCCUUCGGCACUUCACCCCGCGGGCGCGGCACUGGCCGCAUGGGCGGACGGUGCUGGAGGAGUCCUCGCGGGCCUUCCGCUCGCAGUUCGGCGAGGAGGCCUUUGCGGAGUUCUUCACAGCCGGAGAGGAGGAGGCCGAGUCCGCGGUGAUUGUCGGGGGGAGCUCCGAGCAGCCCGCCGAGGAGGAGGCAGCGGAGGUGGCGGGCGUGCUGCGGGACGGCUUCGCGGAGUCGGACGGGCCCCUCGAGCCGCCGCCGCAGCGGGACUUCGCCGGGGAGGGCGAGGACGACGCGGCCGGGGGCGGCACGGAGAUGGAGCGCUUCGCGGCCGCGCUGAUGGGAGCUGCCCGGGCCUUCAGCCAGCGCGGCGAGGAAGGCGGUGCCGGAGGCAACGGCGACCUCAUGGGCCUCGGGGGAGGCAACGUCGGCGCCGGCGUGCGAGGCACGGCCCACCGCGAGGCGCUCAUCGCGGCGAGGCGAACCUCGCCCGGCAGCUUCUCCAGGUCGUUGAUGGAGGCCAUGGCCGCACAGGGCCGCUCCUCGCGCCAGCCCCGGGGCGUCGCCUACGACCCUCCCGAGCCCCGCCUAUGGCUCGAGAGGACGGGCGGGUGGUCGGAGUUCACGCCAGGCAGUCCCAACACGGUGCGGGACCUCGCCCUGAUCGCGUGGCAGGUGGCGGACAUCGUGGACCGCCUGUGGAUGAAUCAGAUCGCGGAGGCGGCGGACUCCGCCGCGCUGCUGCUGAUGGGCCUGGACCAGGCCAGGAUCGACGGAGGCAGGCUCGACAUGAUGUGGCUGUACCAGUUCGAGCGCGACCCGCCCGCCUCGCUGUUUGCGAGGGGCGGGCAGUCCGCAGUGGGGACACGACAGUUCAGCUCGCUGGCGAACCCGCGCUGGUCCACGGUGAACCUCGCCUACCUGCGGGAGCUGGACCUGCUGGAGACCAGGAGGAGCGAGCUGCAGCGGCCCCAGGGGCGGACGCCGGUGCCCAGAGCCCGCGGGGCCCCCGAGCAGCCGCAGCCCGAAGGCGCCGGUGUGAUCGGCCCCGGAGGCGGGGCCGCGGAG